GGCCCCCGCCGUGAUUGCGGCUCGCCAGUGUUAGUCCCGGGAGGGAGCGCGGGUGGCGGGCCAGGCCGCCGGACAGCCGCAGGUGGGGCCUGGAGCGGUGGCCGGGGCGACACAGCCCCGCAGCCCCGCGCGGGAGCCACGAUGCCCCGCGGGGACUCGGAGCAGGUGCGCUACUGCGCGCGCUUCUCCUAUCUUUGGCUCAAGUUCUCUCUCAUCGUCUACUCCACGGUGUUCUGGCCCCUCACCACCUACUCUUUUGUGCAGCUGAUUGGGGGCCUGGUCCUGUCGGUGGGGAUCUAUGCAGAGGUCGAGCGGCAGAAAUACAAAACCCUGGAGAGCGCCUUCCUGGCCCCAGCCAUCAUCCUCAUCCUCCUGGGGGUGGUCAUGUUCAUCGUCUCCUUCAUCGGGGUGCUGGCUUCCCUCCGGGACAACCUGUGCCUCCUCCAGUCGUUUAUGUAUAUCCUGGGGAUCUGCCUUAUCAUGGAACUUAUCGGUGGUAUAGUGGCGUUGAUCUUCCGGAACCAGACCAUUGACUUUCUGAAUGACAACAUUCGGAGAGGAAUUGAGAACUACUAUGAUGACCUGGACUUCAAGAACAUCAUGGACUUUGUUCAAAAGAAGUUCAAGUGCUGUGGCGGGGAGGACUACAGAGACUGGAGCAAAAACCAGUACCACGACUGCAGCGCCCCUGGGCCGCUGGCCUGCGGGGUGCCCUACACCUGCUGUAUAAGGAACACGACAGAUGUUGUCAACACCAUGUGCGGCUACAAAACAAUCGACAAGGAGGGCCCCUCACGUGCUGCCUCCCAGCCCUGCAGUCUGUUGACAGCUCACAGUAGUGUUACCUGCCUGGGACCCAGGAGCCCCUGGGGAAGAGAAAGUUCUUCUUGGGUGUCCUCCUGCAUCAACUUUCUGAACAGUCCUCAGGAUGCUGAGCGCCUGAGUGCACAGAACAUCAUUCAUGUUCGGGGCUGCACCAACGCCGUGUUGAUAUGGUUCAUGGACAACUACACCAUCAUGGCGGGUCUCUUACUGGGCAUCCUGCUUCCUCAGUUUCUCGGUGUGCUGCUGACACUCCUGUACAUCACCCGUGUGGAGGAUAUUAUCUUGGAGCACUCGGUCACUGAUGGAUUGCUGGGGCCUGGUGCCAAGUCCAGCAUGGACCCAGCAGGCACUGGGUGCUGUCUGUGCUAUCCCAGUUAGACCCUGGCCUGGCACAGCAGCCCCAGCAGGACUGAACUGCACAGCGCCUCCCAGUCUACACCAGCUGGACAGGACCAGCUGCAGCAACUCUGCCCGAUCGUGGCACCGACCAAAGCCCAGGGUGUAGGUGCCUGUGUGCAGUGUCUGAUGGCCACUCCUCCCAGGGGAAAGCUGAGAGCUCCGAGGGUCCCCCCGGGGCUGGGGGAACAGGGAUGGCCCAGGGAAAGAAGCUCAGGGCUUACUAUGGGCUCUUUAUUUCUGGCAGUGCCUUGGCCGGUGGUCAUUAUGCCCCUUCAAGGGCAGUUUUGCAGUGAUUUUUAAGGAGAGAAGAGAGUGAGUCUGUUCCACGGGCAGGAGGUGCUGGGUGUGGCCCUGGCAACACUUCUCCAGAUGCAAGAUUGGACCAUGUCUCAAAUUCCCAGGUGCCUUGAGUCCUCGGUCAGGCUCCUGCUUUGCCCACCCGUUUUCUACGUGGUUUUUAUAACAUUCAUGUUUUGUAUACAAUUAACAAGAGUUUAUGGCUACUCAAAAUAGCCACCCGACCCUUCCGUUCAUCCCUCCAAGUCAGUUCAUUAAUCAGAAAAUAAAGAUGUGAUUUUGGGGGUGGUC